AUGCCGUUCUUCUCAAUGCCCGCCCCCAGCAAGGUCAAAGUGGGCCCGCACAGUUUCGAUGACAUCAAGCUCGACAAGAAGGGUAUUGAUGAGACCCAAAUCAUCCACCAGAAUUGGAUCUUCUACGCGAUCAAGGCGAUGCUCGGCCAGAUGGGCAAGGAUUUGCUACCAAAACUCGGACGCCAAGACAAGCUCACCUUUCUACGGUGUUUGAGCCGGAUAAAGGAGCGGACGGAUUUGGUGGCGGCUAGCAGAUGCCUCAUCGCCGCCAAGGAGGCCCACGAGGCGAUGCGCAAGAAGUACAAAACGUACAACGAAUAUAUGGUACGGAAAUCGCAAGAGGACCUCAGAAGCAGCACCGAGGUCGAGCUCGGCAACAAGGCGCAAAGAGCGUACCAAAAAUGGAACAACUCCUUCAGGGUGCUGAAGAGCAGCGAGCCGCGACGCCGCCUUCGAGUACGUCGCGUCAAGCGCUCCCCGCAUCGAUUGAUCGCCGACAUGGUGCAGAAGAGUGACGCGAAAAAGUUUGAGGUAAAAUCUAUGGCCAAAAUGCCUGCCUUACUGCAAGAAAAGAAGAGCCCCGUCCAGUCGAUCGCACGCCAGAUUAUGAAAGCUGUGAGGGGGGAAAAUGGGACUGAUUCGGCACCUGGCACCUGGACGCAGAGCUACCAAAAUCUGCUGAGACUCAAGAAGCAGCUCGACAAACAGGCCAAAGAGCCCGGCGCAAAAGUGUACGAUUUGAGGAUGUACGAUCUGGUGCAGGGCCGAGACACGCCGUCGGAGGAUAUUUGGGAGAGGUCAAAGCAGCCCGGCUUCUUGCAAGAAGCCUACGGUCUGAUCGCCCGCAUCAAUGCGCAGGGAGAUAGUCAUAAUCAGAAGUUUUUGUCGCCAAGAUUCGCUUCCAUCAUGCCUGACAAAUACGGUGAUUCGGACAAAAAGGCCCUCUCCCCAUCCAUCCUCUCAUUUUAUCGAGAUGACGCUGAGGAUCAAAUUCUACCAUUGCCAAAGUUGCUCGAAGACAGCGGACUGAAAGAUAAGGAUCGGGACGCCAUGCUCGAAGUUGUGAUGGAAGUCUCGGGAGCACGAGGGAUGGUAGAUACUGCGAUGAAGACGAUGAAAAGCAUGCACAUGUUCGGCCUUGACGAAGAGUUCAAGGACGUCACCGACAAGAUUCAGGACAUCUUCAAGGCGCUGACCGGAAGCUUUACGGGACGCCAGAAAAAGGAGAUGAAACGCCGCGGCUACACAUUUGCACACCCUGAACAGCUCGAGAAAUUUCACGAAGCGCAAGGAAUAAAGGACCGAGAGCACGGCUUUAACUACGACACCUACAAACGAUUGUCUCGAAAACAACGUGAAGAGGCUUUGUGGCUACGCGUUAGACAGAUUGCACGGAAUGUUAGCCAUCCGGUAGAUGAGCCGUUGAUGAAGCGUGGUCCGAACGGGACGUGGCUCGAAAACCAUCGGAGAGUGAAGCGUGGUCACUAUCUAGGUGGAUGGCUGCAUGUUCUCGAGCCGACCGUCCUCGCCCCGUUCGCUUUUACACCCUCAAUUGGCGCUGGAAUCCUCGGACCGCUCGUCUUCUCUCCUGGUCUUUUCAACCCGGUCAUCUUCAACCCGUCGAUCGCGUCGCCCAUGAUCAUGUCCCCGGCUUCACCAAGCAUGAUUUGGCCCGUUUUUGCUGUUCUGCUGGCUGCAGCAAACGCCGCCGACCCGAUCACCUACCAGACCGACGUCACCCCCGAUAACGCUGGGUUCUAUGGGGUAGAGGGGGCAGGCGACGUAGCAAGCCUUGCCACAUUCACCGCCAAGCAGACGACGGCUCUGGGCGCGCAGAUGGACUGCCACGCGCUAUACGUUAACACAUCCGGCUGCUCCAUCGACAUGUACCUUGGAAUAGAGCUGCCCGCUGAUGCGAACAAGGAGAAGAACUUGUUAUUAUCUUUUACUCGCGACAACUACGCCGGCUACAAAACCAGCCGCGUCCGCGCCCCGGCCGUCACUUUCUAUUUUCCGCCCCGUUGCGAGGGCAAGGUGGCGUGCUACGGGCAAAAUUUGAUCAAAGACGUGUACCUCGACGAGAAUUCGAUGGGUUUCUUCAUGUUCCCCGCCGGCGCCUACCCGUCCACUUACACGGCUGCCUACACAUGGACGAGCGCCGCGAAAGUCAGCAUUGAAGUGGUGUGGGCCGAGCCGGGCUCCUCGGGAAACUUGACAGUCAAGGCGGGCGCGGAAACUAAAGUCUUCACCCAAAAAACGGCCAACUCCGGAAAGGUACAGGGUGUCGGCAAUGGGCUGGAGGUGGACUGGUGCCCAUCCGACGAUUCGAAGAGCGGCUUCCUGGCCCGCUACUUCACCGGCUACGAGCAGCCGCAGCCGGAAGCCACCACCAAAUCGGCAAUGACCCUCGCCGGAUCCCUUCUAAUUCCACUUCUGACUCUUCGCUAUUUU